GCAGCAGGGGCAGCCGCUUGGGAUGGGACCGAGAGCAGAGCUCCGCGGGACACGGCCCCCUCGGCGUGCCCGUGAUGCCGAAGGGGACGGACUCGUGGGAUUCUCGCGGGUGGGCAGCAGCCCCCCCGAGGCCGGGUGGGUGGGGGCUGGGCACUCCCCACCCCCGAUGAGCCACGGGGAAGACGGCAGGAACAUCUGAGACAUAGGGGCACGGGGAAAGACUGGCGAAGCGGCUGUUGCCCCGAGAUCAGGGGCUCUAGGGAAAGCGGCCCCGGCCGGGCAGCCGGCCACAGGAGAUGGACAAUGAGGACUCUAGGGUCGCGGGUUCAGUCCCGAAGGAUACCAGAGAUGGGCCGAACCGGGAUCGCUGCUCCCUAGCCUCCCCAUGCCAGAGAGGCGGGCCCGACGGGGUCCGGAACCUGGCCAGCUAAAGGGCAGGCCGAGACCGGGGCUGGGAGCUUGUCUGCCGGGGGUGGGGUCGGGAGACGCAAGAUCCCCGGGCCUCGCCCAGAGCGCCCCGUGUGACACACGCUACCCACCCGUCGCUCGGUCGGUCCAUCUCCCCAUCGGGGUGAGUGAGCGCCCCGCCUCGCCCCCUCACGUGUCUCCCGGGGGCCCUCCCUGAGCCCCCACGGCCUCCUAAGGGCGUGGCCUUCCUCGUCGAGGGAUGGCGGCAGAUAAGGAGGCCUGGAGCUCAGCGGGGGCCGCUCGCCGUCGGCACCGGCACCGGCACGGGAGCGGGGUGUCUCCCCCUUGGUCCCGCCCUCUAGACUGUCCAUCUUCCCCCGGGGGAGCGUGAGCAGGCACGGGGGCCCCGGGCCCAAGAGAAGCAAGCUCCUCCCUUCCCCGGUCCCCUCAGCCCCCUUUCUUUUCCCCUCGUGCUCCCCCACUUGUCUCUGUCUGCACUGGGCGGGAGGGGGGUGGGGCGGCCACAUGUUUCCGUGUGACCGGUCCGGUCUUGGGAGUCGUGAGGCUCCCCGGACCUUCCCUAAAGCCGUGUCAGGUCCCAGGACCCUUGAGUGCCAGGGUGUGGACUCUGUGGAGGGGAGGCUGUAGCCCUAACCCCCCGCCCCAGCCCCCCGUGGCCCACCCACGCCUGGUGGUGCCUUUAGCUCUCGACAAGAAAGCGCUAAGUGAGCCCUUGGGAAGCGCAUUUCCCUUCCCAUAAAACCACUGAGACCAGAGCCAAGCUGUCUUUGCGUCUCCGGCUGCCACCGGAGCCCCGAGUCCUGCCCUUGGGAUGGCCGUGGUGUCCUGGCACCUGGGAUCGCUUGGCCUCCUUCUCCCUGCCCAGCCUCUCCUGGGAUGGUGGGCUGGGUGGGGGGGGGGCGAGCAGAAGGCCCCACGCCCCCAGCCUCCGUCUCACCUCUUCUCCUUGCAGACAUCCGGGACAGCGGGGCCAAGCCAGUCAUGGUCUAUAUCCACGGGGGCUCCUACAUGGAGGGGACGGGCAACAUGAUCGAUGGCAGCAUCCUCGCCAGCUACGGCAAUGUGAUCGUCAUCACCCUCAACUACCGGGUUGGGGUGCUAGGUUUCCUGAGCACCGGGGACCAGGCUGCCAAGGGAAACUAUGGGCUGCUGGACCAGAUUCAGGCCCUCCGCUGGGUGAGUGAAAACAUCGCCUUCUUUGGCGGAGACCCUCGUCGCAUCACUGUGUUUGGUUCCGGCAUUGGGGCCUCCUGUGUCAGCCUCCUGACGCUGUCCCAUCAUUCUGAGGUGUCGCACAGUGCUCACGGGGUCUCUCUUGGUCGGUGGCUGCCCAGCCUGCUCCUUACCGUCCGUACAGCUCAGGGCAAACUCUUCCCCCCUCAUUGCUCUUGCAGCUUUCCAGGAAAACAAGGAGGGGAUCUGAAUCAGAGCAAGCGAUCAGAGGAGGAGCCUGCACCCGGGGAAGCCCUUUUUGGGGGAAGUCCUGGGCUGGGGUCCGCAGAGGGGAGCGUGAUGAGCCCCUUGCAGUGGGACAGGAGGCCCUUUUCCCAACACCGAGGGCUUCGAGCCUCGGCGGGGGUGUUUGCUGGAGACCCGGUGACCUCGGGGCUUUGGGCCUACCGGGCUCUCCUGGAAGCUCCCAGAGAGAAAGGCCCCUUUGUCAUGCAAGAGCCAGUUCCCUGGGCCAUCAUCCAGAGUGGUUCAGCCCUCUCCAGCUGGGCGGUCAACUACCAGCCAGUCAAGUACACCAGCCUGCUGGCAGACAAGGUGGGGUGCAACGUGCUGGACACCGUGGACAUGGUGGAUUGCCUACGCCAGAAGAGUGCCAAAGAGCUGGUGGAACAGGACAUCCAGCCGGCUCGCUACCACGUGGCCUUCGGUCCCGUGAUCGACGGGGACGUGAUCCCCGAUGACCCCGAGAUCCUUAUGGAGCAGGGCGAGUUCCUCAACUAUGACAUCAUGCUGGGCGUCAACCAGGGGGAGGGACUCAAGUUCGUGGAGGCUGUGGUGGACCCCGAGGACGGGGUCUCGGGCACCGACUUCGAUUACUCCGUCUCCAACUUCGUGGACAACCUGUACGGCUACCCGGAGGGCAAGGAUACUCUUCGGGAGACCAUCAAAUUCAUGUACACGGACUGGGCCGACCGGGACAACCCCGAGACCCGCCGCAAAACCCUGGUGGCCCUUUUCACCGACCACCAGUGGGUCGAGCCCUCCGUGGUGACGGCCGACCUGCAUGCCCGCUACGGCUCGCCCACCUAUUUCUACGCCUUCUACCACCACUGCCAGAGCCUCAUGAAGCCAGCUUGGUCCGACGCGGCCCACGGGGAUGAGGUGCCCUACGUCUUCGGCAUCCCCAUGGUGGGCCCCACGGACCUCUUCCCCUGCAACUUCUCCAAGAACGACGUCAUGCUCAGUGCCGUCGUCAUGACCUACUGGACCAACUUUGCCAAGACCGGGGACCCCAACAAGCCUGUCCCCCAGGACACCAAAUUCAUCCAUACCAAGGCCAACCGCUUUGAGGAGGUGGCCUGGUCCAAGUAUAACCCCCGGGACCAGCUGUACCUUCACAUCGGGCUGAAACCCCGGGUCCGUGACCACUACCGGGCCACCAAGGUGGCCUUCUGGAAGCACCUGGUGCCCCACCUGUACAAUCUGCACGACAUGUUCCACUAUACGUCCACCACCACCAAAGUGCCGCCCCCGGACACCACCCACAGCUCCCACAUCACCCGGCGUCCCAACGGCAAGGCCUGGAGCACCAAGCGGCCCGCCAUCUCCCCGGCCUACGGCAGCGAGAACGCCCAGGGGGCCUGGAACGGGGACCAGGACGCGGGGCCGCUUCUGGUGGAGAACCCUCGGGACUACUCCACGGAGCUGAGCGUCACCAUCGCCGUGGGGGCCUCCCUCCUCUUCCUCAACGUGCUGGCCUUCGCCGCCCUCUACUACCGCAAGGACAAGAGGCGGCAGGAGCCCCUGCGGCAGCCUAGUCCCCAGCGGGGUCCCGGGGGUCCCGGGGAGAUGGGAGCGGCCCCCGAGGAGGAGCUGGCGGCCCUCCAGCUGGGCCCCUCGCACCACGAGUGCGAGGGCCCGCCCGGCCACGACCCGCUCCGCCUCAGUGCCCUCCCCGACUAUACCCUGACACUGCGACGUUCUCCCGACGACAUCCCCCUCAUGACUCCCAACACCAUCACCAUGAUCCCCAACUCCCUGGUGGGGUUGCAGACGCUGCACCCCUAUAACACCUUCGCUUCUGGCUUCAACAGCACCGGGUUGCCCCACUCACACUCCACCACGCGGGUAUAGCUCUCCCCGGAGCUUCUGCCCGGCCCGGCCCUGCUUUCCCCCCAGGCCCCAUCUGUGCACACACCCAUGCGCCCCGCCCCACAGAUACACACGCGCACAGAGCAGACCCCCCCCCCCAUGCACAACCGCAGACACCCCCAUGUACAAACACAUAUCCAGAAUGAAACACGAACGGACUCUUCGAAGGAGAAAGCCCUCAGCGGCCCCGGGGACUCAGCACCCCGGGGCGGUGGGAAGCAGCAGGUACCUGUCCCUGGUGCUGGCCAGCCCUUGGCCCCCCUUCCCCCCCCUUCCUCUCUCCCCUCCCCAGCCAACCCCAGACUUGGGAUCCUUCUCCCUCCCACUGGGGCUGUUCUGGAUCUUGGUGGAUUUUGUCUUUAUUUUUAUUUUUCAUUUUUGAAUAAGUGCUUUCUUCUCCCCGGGAAAGGCAGAGAAGGGAAGGAAAGGCUCCUUCCCCUUAAUCCCCCAUCGCUCUCAUAGCCAGAGACCAGGGAGCCAGGGUUCUUUUAGCAGAACAGGACCCAAGGAAAGAGGAAGGGGAAGGGGAUGAGUUGCCCGGCCCCCGGCAUAGUUCAGGUCAACCCUCGCCUAGGCCUGGCCCGGGGGCCGCUGGGAAGGGGCCGCUUUGGGGGGGGGCAGCUUUCACCCCGGUACCAGGCCCCGGGAGACUAUGCUAGGGCCCGCCCGCACCCCCCCCACCUUCGCUCGUCCCGCCACUCGAGUGCACUCCGGGGUGCUGCCCUCCCCCACCCUUGGGCUACUGCUGUUAGGAGCUUGCCCCCUUUUUCUUUUCAGAGUCUCUUUUGUGUCAUUUCUCUUUCAAAAAGACUUUUUAAAAAAAAAAGAAAAAAGAAAAAAAAGAAAAAUUAGUUCUUAAAACACUAAUGGAAACCCCUGGAGUUUGUUCUUUGUACAGAUUUUAAACACGGUGUCUUGAUAUAAAAAUAAAAACUCCGGUUAGCGCUCC